AUGCUGCGCACGCAGAACCAGCAGCUGGCCAACCACGCCAACGGCCAGCUGUACGCCGGCUUGGCGGCGCUGGUCGAGUUCGACGGCUACUACCUGGAGUCGGAGCCGUGCCUGGUCUGCAACAAUCCGGAGGUGGCCUACUCGCAGCUCAAGCUCUCAGGCGUCAAGGUGGACUCGCGCUACACGACCACCACCCAGCUGGUGAAGCUGGUCGGCUCGCACACCAUCAGCCGCGUCUUCCUGCGCAUCGGCGACCUGAAGCGCAGCAAGAUGGUGCGCACCAUCAACGUCUACUACAACAACCGCACCGUCCAGUCGGUGGUCGAGCUCAAGAACCGGCCGUCCAUGUGGCACAAGGCCAAGAAGGUGUCGCUGUCGGGCGGCCAGACGGACGUCAAGGUCGACUUCCCGCUGCCGAUCGUGGCCUGCAAUCUGAUGAUCGAGUACGCCGACUUCUACGAGAACAUGCAGGCGUCCUCGGAGACGCUGCAGUGUCCGCGCUGCAGUGCCUCGGUGCCCGCCCACCCGGGCGUCUGCGGCAACUGUGGGGAGAACGUGUUCCAGUGCCACAAGUGCAGAGCCAUCAACUACGACGAGAAGGAUCCGUUCCUGUGCAACGCCUGCGGCUUCUGCAAGUACGCCAAGUUCGAGUACACGCUGACGGCCAAGCCGUGCUGUGCUGUGGACCCGAUUGAGAGUGAGGAGGACCGCAAGAAGGCCGUCGUUAACAUCAACGGCCUGCUGGAACGCGCCGACAAGAUCUACAAGAAGCUCAUGUCCUACAAGCCCACGCUGGAGGCGCUGCUGGCCUGGGUGAACGACCACGGCGGCGAGGUGACGUCGGCGGCGGCGGCGGCGGCAGCGGCGGCCCUGGCGCUCAAGUACUGCAGCGACUGCCGGCUGGCGUUCGACGACCUGAGCAAGGUCAUCCAGAAGGUGCUGGCGUCGCGCCGCGAGCUGCUCCGCUACGACCGGCAGGCGCAGGAGGGCGCCGGCGCCGCCGCCGCCUCGGCGCCCGUCUUCUGUCAGUGUUGCGUGACGCUGCUGCGCGCGCUGGCCACGAACCCGCGGCUGCGCGUCACGCUCUGCAGCUACGGCCUGAUCCCGCAGCUGCUGGAGCACAACCUGCGCCGAGGCACGCCCCAGAGCCGUGGCGAGGUGUGCCAGCUGCUCUGCCUGCUCACCAAGGACAACCUGUCGGCCACGCUGGAGCUGAACGAGCUGAUCACGAGCCGCGUGCGGCUGGCGCUCUCCAGUGCCAUGACCUCCGCCGGCGUGGCGGCCGCCGUGCGCCACGAGAUGGCGCUGCUCAGCGCCGCCGUCCAGAAGGAGGACUCGUGCUGGGAGCACCGGCUGAGGUGUGUGGUCCGCAUCUUCAUGAUGGCCGGCAAGGAGCACAAGAACCCGGUGGUGAUCGAGUCUGUGACGCUGCCCUGCCUCAAGAUCCUGCAGGGCGUCAUGCAGCCGCCGACAGCCACCGCCGCCGCCGCCGCCGCCGCGCCGCAGCCGGGCACCUCCGCCGGUGCGGCCGCCGCCAAGCCGGCGUCCACGUCCGUCACGGCCGGCGAACAAUCGGAGGUGCACCUGAACGCCGCGCGCUGGCUGGAGCAGGCGCCCGGACACUCCUUCGACGCCUGGAGGUCGCGCAAGGUCAAGCGGGGCCGGGAGCCUGCCAAGGGCGCCUCGAGGGCGGAGGUACGCGCCCUGUUUCUGAUGGAGAAGUACGGCCGGCGCUGGCGGCAGCGCACCACCCAAUCGGCCAUCGCCGUCAACUUCCUGGACACGUCGUGGCUGCGGCGGGUGCUGUUCAGCCCUAGUUCGCGCCAGGCCCGCCAGGUGGCAGCCGAUAUGGUGGAGACGCUGGCGCACGAGCCGGCCAGGAAGCGCAGGAUCCUGGACAUGCUGGCCUCCUACCUGGGCGACGUCAGCGAGGCCGGCGAGACGGCCGCCGAGUUCAUCGGCCUGUACCAGAAGCUCAUCAAUGCCAACCACUGGAAGUACUACCUGACGACCAAGGGCAUCCUGGGGCUGCUGGCCGACCUCAUCACCAAGGAGAUCGAGAGCCUCAACAAGCUGGAGGAGACGACUCUCAACAGUGAUUUGUCUCAGGGGUACGCGCUGAAGGAGCUGACGGACCUGCUGGCCUCCUUCCUGGAGCUGGAGAGCGUGCGCAGCCGGCACAAGGCGCGCCUGCUCGGCACCGUGCUGCACGGAUACCUCUCGCUGCGCCGGCUGGUCAUCCAGCGCACCAAGCUGGUGGACGAGACGCAGGAGCGCCUGCUGCAGCUGCUGGAGGACAUCACGUCCGGCACCGAGGCGGAGACGCGCCGGUUCAUGGCCAUCUGCGUGGAGACGGUGGCGCGCUACGGCCGCGGCGACGUGCGCACGCCCGUGUUCAUCUUCGAGCGGCUGUGCUCCAUCAUCGAGCCGGAGGUGAACGAGAUCGGGCCGUUCCUGCUCAGCCUGGAGAAGGACCCGCAGCAGGAGGACUUCCUGCAGGGUCGGAUGGUGGGCAACCCGUACCCGUCGACCGACGCCGGCAUGGGCCCGCUGAUGCGUGACGUCAAGAACCGCAUCUGCCGCGACUGUGAGCUGGUCGCGCUGCUCGAGGACGACACCGGCAUGGAGCUGCUGGUCAACAACAAGAUCAUCUCGCUGGACCUGCCCGUCAAGGAGGUGUACCGCAAGGUGUGGCUGCCGUCGGCCAGCAGCGACACGGAGCCGAUGCGGAUCGUGUACCGGAUGCGCGGCCUGCUCGGAGACGCCACCGAGGAGUUCAUCGAGUCGCUGGAAACUAAGACGGACACGGAUCGCGACGACGAGGAGACCUACCGCAUGGCCAACGUCAUGAGCGACUGUGGCGGCCUCCAGGAGCUGCUGCGCCGGAUGGAAUACAUCGACGACCUGCAGCGGUGCCGUCCGCUGCUGACCGUGCUGCUCCGGCUCACCGGGCUCUGCAUCAAGACCAAGCGGAACCGGACGGCGCUGACGCGGCCGGAGCUGCGCGCCGUGGCCGUCAUGCUGCGCCUGCUGGCGCUCUGCCUGCGCGCCAUCAUGGCCGUGGUGCUGGCCGAGGCGACGUCGCUGGACCUGGACGUGUACCGUCGGUUCGCCACCACCUGCGGCUCGGUAGACGAGAUCCGGCUGCUGCUGUCGCACGUGAACACGGCCCAGAGCAAGGGCGCCGGCGCGCUGCUGCAGCAGCUGAUGCGCGUGCUGCCCUUCCUGACGUUCGGCUCGCAGGAGAAGAUGCGCCUGCUCAUCGACCACUUCCAGCCGGUGCUGGACUUCGACGAGCUGGAUGCGCAGCACACGGCCGAGGCGGCGGCGCAGCUCGAGUCGCUCUGCGCGCUCACUGCCGGCAUCGAGACCAACUGCAUGGGCAACCAGCUCAAGGACAUGUUCGUCGAGGCCGGCGUGGUGGAGCGCGCGCUGGCCUAUCUGCGCGAUCACGCGCCGCCCGGCAAGAAGGCCCUGCUCAACACCAACGACGAGCAGUGGAAGAGCUUCCUGGCGCGGCCGGCGCUCAACUACGUGCUGCGCGUGCUGGCCGGCCUGGCCACCAAGCACGAGCCGACCCAGCUGGCGGUGGCGGCUGAGAGCAUCCCGAUCAUCCACCGGCUGGAGCAGGUGUCGUCCGACCAGCACGUCGGCUCGCUGGCCGAAAAUCUGCUGGAGGCGCUGCGCACCAACCGCCAGGUGGCCACCAAGAUCGAGCAGGUGCGCAAGCAAACGCGGCAGGAGAAGAAGCGGCUGGCCAUGGCCAUGCGGAAGCACCAGCUGGGCGCGCUCGGGAUGCGCGCCAACGACAAGGGCCAGGUGGUGAUCAAGUCGUCGGUGCUGCGCCAGCUGGACGACAUCAGCGACGAGCAGGGCCUGACGUGCGUCAUCUGCCGUGAGGGCUACAAGUUCCAGCCCACCAAGGUGCUGGGCAUCUACACGUACACCAAGCGCUGCCCGCUGGACGACGCCGAGCCCAAGCAGCGCAAGACGAUGGGCUACACGACCGUGACGCACUUCAACCUGGUGCACGUGGACUGCCACAUGGCGGCGGUGCGGCUGGCGCGCGCGCGCGACGAGUGGGAGUCGGCGGCGCUGCAGAACGCCAACACCCGCUGCAACGGCCUGCUGCCGCUCUGGGGGCCGCAGGUGGCCGAGUCGGCCUUCGCCCACUGUCUGGCGCGCCACAACACGUACCUGCAGGAGAGCACCGGACACCGUGAUGUCGGAUACCAGACGACCGUGCACGACCUGAAGCUGCUGCUGCUGCGCUUCGCCCAGGAGCGCAGCUUCAGCGACGACUCUGGCGGCGGCGGGCCGCAGAGCAACGUCUACAUCAUCCCCCACCUGAUGCACAUGGCGCUGUACGUCAUCAACAGCACGCGCAUCGGGCAGCGCGAGCUCAAGAACGUGACCACGCAGCUGGAGGCGACCGCCGACCGCUGGGUGGAGACGAGCUUCGAGCCGGACGGGCCGCUCUUCUGGCUGGCCAUGGCGCCGCUGGUGCUGGCGCCGGACGGCUGGCGCCGGCUGCGGCUCCGCUCGCUGGCGCGCCUGCUGGUACUGGCACAGGCGCGCCACGUGCAGCCGGGCGGCGGGCGCGCGCUGACGGAGCGCGCGCCGCAGUCGUUCGCCUUGUACCGGCCGUACCUGAUCUUCUUCGGCCUGGUGGACGGGCUGUACGGCACCGUACUGGCACGCGCGCCCGCCGACGGCGACUGGUGCGCCGCGCUGGCCGAGUACAUCCGCCACCACGACCAGCAGCUGCUGGAGGCGUGCGACCGGCUGCUGCGCGCCUACCAGCAGGAGAUGCUGCCGUGCGCCUCGCUGCAGGAGAUGUUCGACGUGCUGGGCGUGCUGGCCGAGACGGGCGAGCCGGACGCCUUCCUGCGCGACGCCCUGCAGCAGGUGCCCUGAGCGCCGACGGCUGGCCGGCCGCAGCGGCGAGCCCGGCGUCUGCCUGCGAGCGUGCGCUGUGGCGGCGGUCCGUCGUCUGCCCGCCGCUGAGAGCAAGCUGCCUCUGAGCGGCGGGGCAGGCCGUGCGGACUCGCGGCCGCGGGGGCGGCGCUCCGGUGCGGCCGGCGGGCGCCGGUGCCGGCUCCGCUGCGACCGGCGGUCGCCGGGGCCGGCGGUGUAACCGGAAUGUUUACACGGCUUUAGGUGUUGCGAUUUCCCGGAUAAGCUACGCACGCUCGGUUUCGCUUCGGAGAGAUGUUUGUUUCAGCGCGGGAAAGAAUAACGUUUUAGUCGGCUGUUAUCACGUAAUUGGGUUUGGCUGUUCUCAUAACUCUGGUGCCGGUGUUUUGCCCCUCGGGUUGUUUUAUUAACGCAAUGCCUAUGCCUAUGAUAUGCUUGAAAUAAAUAUUCACCCUCUAGUCCUCA